AUGGCCUCAAAUUCCACACAGGCCAUCGCUUCUGGCGACCUAGUCGACCUUGUGUCGUCUUCAGGUUCGGCCACCAUCUAUCCUUCUGACGACGCUAUUCUCGCCGUUCUCCAGGCCCGCUUUCGAGCAGAUCUUCCCUACACUAGAGUCGGCGCCUCCAAUUUGGUCGUCGUCAAUCCCUACAAGACCCUCGCCAAUGUCAACGAUAUCAGCGCAAAAGAGUAUGAAGAGCGGUGCUACAAGGACACCAGCCUUCCUAUGGUGGACUCCCCAAAGCCCCUUCAGCCGCAUUUAUACGACCUUGCAGCGAGGGUAUACCUCGUAAUGAGGCGCAGGAAUGAGUCGCAGGCUCUUUUGUCGAGAGGUAUCACUGGCGCAGGAAAAUCCUCGAGCAUACGUCUUUUCAUCAACCAGAUACUUCGUCUCUCCAGCCAUUCCAACAAGGAGGCAAAAGUUGCUGAUCAGAUCAAGGCCCUGGGAACCAUCCUCGAUUCAUUCGGAAAUGCCAAGACCCUCAUGAGCCCCAAUGCCUCACGACACACCCGCUAUCUUGAGCUGCAUUUCAACGACCGAGGUCGAAUAUCUUCAGCAAAAGUCCUUGCGUUCGGACUGGACAAGUCGCGCCUUAACCGGCUGACGCAGGAGGAGCGGUCAUACCACAUUUUUUAUCAGCUACUUGCCGGUGCAACGACUACGGAGAGAGACAAUCUGAACAUAGAAGACCCCUCCGAUUACGCCCUUCUUGCGUCGUCGGGAACGUACCGGCUGCCAGCCGGCCCGUUCAGCGAUGAUUCCAUAGCGAUGGGCGAUUUGCGACAAGCUAUGCGAAUUCUUGGUUUCAAGCCCAAGGCUAUGUCCUCCAUUUUCUCCACCCUAAUGGCCAUUCUCCUCCUUGGCAACCUCCAGUUUCAUGAUGGCGAUACCCACGAUUUUGCCGCUUACGUCGCCAACGCUCCCGUACUUGAUCAUAUAGCGCGUCUCCUCGGGGUCACGUCGGAAGACCUCGGUCAGACACUUACGAACAGGACAAGUUAUGUUCGUAAGGAGCUCUAUACAAGUCUUCUCAAUGCCGAGCAGGCCGCGUUGCAACGAGACCAUUUUGUUCGUGAUCUCUAUGCCAUCCUAUUCGCCUUCGUGGUGGAGACCGUCAAUCAUAAGCUUGCGCCAUCACAGAAAGAUCCUCCUCCCCAUACACAGGUUGCUAUCCUCGACCAGCCUGGCUUCCAGACACGUGGUCCUGCGGGUACUGCUUCUAUGGCGCUUUCGGGGGUUACGCCACUGAUUUCCGCGUAUGGCCAGAAUGGGUUUGAUGAGUUCUGCAUAAAUUUCUCUGACGAGUUGCUCCACUCGUAUGUUCAACGCCAUAUCUUCGAGGACACCGUCGGGUACAGUGGUCAGAUAUCCGGGGAUGGUAUCUCACUACCCUCAAUCUCCACCAUGGACAAUAUGGCGUGCGUGGAGCUUUUACGGGGACCUCAGACCGGUGAACGGCCCCAGCGAAAGCCGGGUGGUGUGCUAGGCUCUCUGAACAAGGCGUGCUCUGCGCUCAAGUCGGGCAAGGGUGGAGACCACCGCAACGAUGAUUUGUUGCAGGACUUGGUAACCAAGUUUGGUGUCCAUGCAUCUUUUGUGGCGAGUCCCGCUGGUGCAACCAGCCGAACCUCUUUCGGCAUCAACCAUUAUGCCGGCUCUUGUAUGUAUGACGUCAAAGACUUUAUCGAGAAGGAUACGGACCUUUUGGAUUCUGCAUUCGUUCCUUUGUUGCGCAAUUCCACUGAUCCUUUUGUGGUGAAGCUUUUCUCAGGUCCUUCACUGGCUGCCGAACGGCACAACAGGGAUGAAAGUAUUGUUGUACAGGCCCAGGUUUCGUCGCUACCCCUUCGUUCGCCCACCCCCAUCGCGUCUUCCAGCUCUCCGACGAUAGAGGAGUUCCCAGAGUUGGAUCGCCAGAAGACGUACCCCGUGACGACCCAAAUCAACUUUACCCUCUCCAACCUCUUCGCUACCAUCAGCCAUGCGCGUCUUUGGACGGUCUCUUGCAUACGCCCCAACGACUCUGGCUCCUCGAACUCAUUCAACAAACAGCGAGUGAAGUCGCAGGUUCGAGCGCUUCUUCUACCCGAUCUUGCGUCGAGGCGCAGCGCGGAGUACAUCGCGGACUAUGAAGUGUCAGAGUUUUGCGAGCGUUACGGCGUAGACUUUGCUCUUGGACAUCGGAUGAUCUGGCUUUCGUACUCUGCGUGGAAGAUGGUUGAGGAUCCUCUCCGUGCAUCUGAGAAAGAGACACGGAAGCUUUUGAAAGAGGGAGGUAUGUUAGACGACGAGGAUGAGAGUGUUGAGCGAGAUGAUACCACUGAGUAUACCCACCAGGAAGGGCUGGCCCCUGAGGUUGGGCAGGAGAGCGCGGAAGACUUGCUGCUGACGCGCACUGGUUCCCACGGGACACAGUAUCGCGAUCCGAAUGCGGGGACGUAUGGUCAAGGAGGUUUGCUUACGCCCAAUCUUUCGGCUACGCAGAGAGGGUUUGGGCCGGAUCGCGACAACGAGGAUGAGUACUGGGACAAGUCAGGCGGUGGAGGUUCGUCGAAUGGGGCACCGCCUUACAACAACGAUCCUUCGAAAGAGGCGGACGGGCUUGUGGUCAAGGAAGUGGCGAACGCCGUCGAAGAAGUUCCUUCCUGGAUUGGCCGGAUGAAGCGUCCUGAUAUUCGACUUGCCUGGCGAGAAAAAGUGACCAUCUGCAUGCUCAUUUCUUUUCAACGCCGUCGUCAUCUUCUACAAUCAUUCGAAUUCGUCUCUCAGCACGUCGACAAUGACUGGUGGUUUUCCGUGCAGGGCAAGGUAUACGAUAUGACGAACUUCGUGCAAGGAGAUCACAGUGACGUUCCGUCCGGCAGCCAAACUUCUCCGAUGUCGCCCCUACUGGCCGAUCAUACGUCUGGCGCUUUGACUAGUUACACGUCGAGUAAACUAGCCAACGCUGAUUGGUACACCUCGACCUUCCUUCCGAAAAUGAAGAACUACUACAAAGAGGCGGACGCAAGCGACGAUGAUACAGCGAAAAUUUGGGCCGUUUGGGACGAUAAUCUGUACGACCUGACAGAUUAUUUCAAUACUCAGGACACGUAUUCGACGUAUACGUCGUAUCAAUUCUUGGAUAGCGGUGUUGAAGAUGUCUUCAAGCAGCAAUCGGGCAAAGAUAACAAUUUCUACGUCGGGCAAACGGAUUUCCGCAAAAGCGCCCGGUGCCAAGUGCAAAACUACAUGCUGAUCGUCUUCACUGUAAUUAUUAUGGCUUCCCUCCUUGCCGCGCUACAGUUUGGCAGUAAACGCAAUCCUGAACUUCAGGAUAAGUUCAUCCUGUGUCAGUUAAUUUUCAUCAUUUGCGAUGGUAACAUCAUCGGUAGUGGUAACGAUCGUACGACACCCCGAAUUCUCGAUCCUGAGCCUCUAUUGGGUUCGAAGGCGCUGAAUUACGGGAAAAUCUAUUCUGGCUUGUACGAGUUCGAAGGUCAUGUUGUUCCAUACAUGGUUGUCGUCAAAGUUGGCAAACCUACGGAGCGCUCGAAGCCCGUAAUCGUGGUAAACGAAGAUAGUCAAAUUCUCCUUAUGCACUAUUUGAACCGCGUCCACUUCGAUGCUGCCAUGUCGCCCUUGGAGCUCGAGAUAUAUCAUCAGAUGCGGAAUGUUAUCGGUAUAGACCCGGCAUUUUACGAACCGUCAACACCUGAAUCUCUGAACCGACUAGUAGCAUCAGCCGCUGAUGACUCUAGUAUUAUUGGCAUUUGCGGUGAAACCAAGCUCGAGAACGAAGAAGGCUCCUGGUGGACGAUGAUCCAGGUUUACGAAUACUACCUUUCUCACCAUCUUUCGAAAGCCUUUGAGAGUUUGUUCGGGUCGGUUACCUGUUUGCCGGGUUGUUUCUCAUUAUAUCGCAUUCGGACGGCCGACAAGGGACGACCCAUCAUCAUCUCUAACCGGAUCAUCGACGAGUACGCGGAGCCUAACAAUCUAUUCUCGCUCGGAGAAGAUCGUUUCUUGACGACGCUUUUGAUGAAACAUUUCCCCACGUUCAAGACAAAGUUUUGUGCAGAUGCGAUCGCUCGUACCGUGGCCCCAGACUCGUGGGCGUGUGCUGUUUUACUCAGCGUCGUCGAUGGAUUAACUCCACUAUCCAUAAUUUGUGCGAGUUGUUCUACUACCGGAGCUUAUUGGUUCUGUUGUUUCUCGAUGAGAUUCUUCGUAUUCAUUGAUUUGCUGGGAACUUUGCUGUUGUAUCUAAUCAUCGUUAUUGCCAUCAUCAUGUUAGCAGUCACGUAUGGCUUGCAGGCUUUGAUCUUCAUCCUCAAACGGGAAUUCAUGCUCAUCGGCUGGAUGGUUGUUUACAUUCUUUCGUAUCCGGUUUACAGUUUCUUCUUACCAGUCUAUUCCUUUUGGUGUAUGGAUGAAUUCGGUUGGGGUAAUACUCGUCUUGUUAUCGGUGAAGGCAAAGACAAGAAGGUCAUCAUCAACGAGGAUGAAAAAUUCGAUGAGUCUAUGAUACCCUUGAAGAAGUUCAGCGAAUAUGAAGCCGAAGCUUGGGAAACUGGUUCGCGUCAUUCUGACGAGACAGGAUACAGCAGCAAGCCUCGCUCUCGUCCUAAUGGCUCGAGGGAGGAAUCGCCUCACACAUACCACCAGGCUUCUCAAGCUGGUGAUUACUACCGGGAUACGAACUUGACGCUCAACAACUCGUCCAAUCCCAAUUUACGCCUUGGCAGUCAACCCUCCAUCAGCAACAUGUCGCAUCGUGCAGCUCAGCAGGCACAAUACGGGGGACCCUUCACUGGGGGACCCGGAUCUGCGCACGGAUCUGAUUAUGGUAGGAGCAUGCCGCAAAUGGCUCAGAUGGGGUACCAGAAUACGGCAGGCAGCAUGCCCUAUCAGCAUACCGCAGGCAGUAUGGGCAUGGGCAUGGGUAUGCCUCAGAUGGGAUAUCAGAACACCGGGAGUAUGUAUGGUAUGAUGCCACCUAUGGCUCCACAAAACCCGAUGAUGCCUAUGAAUAUGCUCGGGGGCAGUUUGGGAGGCGGAUCACAAUCAGGACAUUCGGGCGGAUUUGGCCCACCAACACUUCCUUUCGGAGGCGGCGACCAGCGGCCUAUAUCGACGUUCUCAUUGGCCACGACCGUCAAUCCCUUCGCAGGUCCUAACAACAAUCCUAACCCUUCGGACGAAGAGUUGAUUGCGGCUCUACGGAACUAUCUCAGUACGCAAGAUCUGAUGACCGUAUCCAAGAAAACUGCCCGUGAAGCCAUGGCAGCGCGCUUCCCCAUGGCGGACCUCGCAUCUCGUAAGGAUUUCCUCAAUAAAUCCAUCGACGAAAUUCUGUCGGAUUCGUAA